AUGACCGACAACGCAGACCCGCCGGCGGCUUCGCCACAGUUCAUCGUCUGCACCGGGGUUCAUCGCGAACGUGACCCAAUUGUGCUCAGUGGUACAGAUGUCAUGACGUGGAGGACUGGUUUGCAUCUUACUAACGCGAGGAAGCUUGUAAACUACGUUGGCUGGUACUUUGUUCGAGAGGUUGCGGACGUAAUGACAUUGGAGGUCCGAAAUUUUCUGAACCAGUUUCUUAGUACAGUGCCAAAACCUGGUAUUCAAGUGAAUCUAAACGAAGGUCACUGCAUUGACAAGCUCAUUGGAUAUCACGGUGUGAUGGAAGCAGGCAUCGCACACUUGUACCUAUUGCGCUACUUCGGCGAAGGAGCAAUCGAAAAAGCAUCUGCAGUAGCGCAUCACCUUAAUUCAUCAUUCUAUAGUUUUGUCGGCAUGAAUUCAUGGAUGGAUACUGAGGCACACGAGAAGUCGCUGCAAUGGAUGAGGAAACUGCAGUACCAAAUAGGCGCUCCCCAUAAACACCUUGAUGAAUCGACUAUUCAACAACAGUACGAUCUUGUCAAGGUACGAACGCAGGACACUCUUUUACGGUAUAUAUACGCCUAUCGGGACAACAAUUUUCUGCAGAUGCUGAGAAAAAAUGGGCAGGCGUACUAUAGAAAAGAUAUAUGGCCGGUGUCAACGUUAGCUACUGAUGGGAGGUACUCGGAAUUCUACACUUCUUUAGGUAUGCCUGCAGGUGCUCUUCAAGAACCUGUAUUCAGAUAUAAUGCGUCAGGCGCCGACAUUUUUGGGUCAAUGGUAACAUUGACAGCGGAAAAGUUAGCUGAUGCAUUACUGAUAGAAGGGAGGAUGUGGCUUGAACGGAAAGGAAAAUAUCAGUGGACCAAAAACACAACAAAAAGCUUCGGAGAACGUCUGGCUUGUUUAAAAAAGAAAAACAGUCGACAAAAGAACAGUGCAAAAAAAUUGAAAGUUCACUCCCAGGAAAAAUUCGAACGUAAGGGUGAUCGGGAAACUUUAAGGUUGAAAGUGUUGGACCACAUUGGCUUACGGACGAGCCGGUGGGAUUGCAAGGAGUAUUCACUUGAAAUGAAUCUUCUGGAUGACAAGAGUUUUGAGAUAUGA